AUGAAGCAACAAGAGCAAAGAACAUCAAUCUCCACAGUGAAUCUCUUGAAAGACCAAUUGCGUCUUGGUGGCCUUCUCUCUAAUUUCCUAUUACUUGGCUUUGGUUUCGCCUUUGGAAUCAUCGCUAGUUGUUAUCUCAUGAAUAACAACAACAUUCCAUUCAAAUCCCAAGUCACCGGCCAAUUCCCUACAACAACAACAACAACAACAACAACAUCUCCUCCAGCAUCAACAAUAUUUACAGUUACACCACAGCUGGGCCCGCCGGUAAUUACUACUACUGAUCAUGAUCAUGAUCAAUCUCAAGCAAAGCUGCCCCAAUCGAUAAGCCCUCCAGCUCCGGUAGUAACACCACCGGAACAGAGCAUUAAUGGAUCAAUAUUGAAGGAUGAUGAUGAUGCUAUGCAUGAGAUGAACGACAAGGAAUUGCUGUGGAGAGCAUCCAUGGUUCCUCGAAUUGACAAUAAUAAGGGCGCCCCCAAGCUUGCUUUCUUGUUCUUGACAAGGGGACCAUUGCCAUUAGCUCCUCUGUGGGAAAAGUUUUUUAAGGGACAUGAUCAUGGCCUCUACUCCAUUUACGUCCACUGCUCUGAUCCAUUCUUUAAAGAAUCGGUGCCGCCUCAACCUGGUUCGGUGUUCUAUGGUCGAAGGAUCCCCAGUAAGGAAGUGCGAUGGGGAGGGUUUAGCAUGGUUGAAGCAGAACGUCGACUACUAGCAAAUGCACUUCUUGACUUGUCUAACCAAAGAUUUGUUCUCCUAUCAGAGUCAUGCAUUCCCCUCUUCAACUUCUCCACCAUCUACUCUUACAUAAUCAAUUCUACUAAGACCUUCGUUGGAGCUCACGACAUACCAGGUCCCUUUGGCCGUGGCCGUUAUAACCGUCGGAUGAAACCUCUUAUCCAUCUAAAUCAAUGGCGGAAGGGAUCCCAGUGGUUUGAGAUGGAUAGGCAACUCGGCAUCGACAUAGUCUCGGAUCGAACAUUUUUCCCAAUGUUCCGGAGGUAUUGCAAGGCCUCAUGUAUUGCAGAUGAGCACUACCUACCAACACUUGUGAGCAUGCGAUAUCCUCACAAGAAUUCAAACAGGAGUUUGACAUGGGUUGAGUGGUCAAGGGGAGGAGCCCACCCAACCAAGUUUACCAGAACGGACGUCACCUUUCACCUCUUGAACAGGUUGAGGAGUGGUAGUAAAUGUGAGUACAAUGGCAACACCACCAACCUCUGCCAUUUGUUUGCAAGGAAGUUCUCUCCCACCACUUUGGACAGAUUGCUUAGAUUUGCUCCCAAGCUCAUGACUUUCAAUCACCAAUAA